GUAGAUUUGCAGCAACUCAGCGGUAGCACCGUUUUUAUCUAAACUGAAUUUAAGACUUAUACAGCAAUUACCGGUCGCUGCAGUUCCCGCGGCGUUUACUAACCUUAAUUUUCACCCCGUUUGUCAUUUUAACGUUUCCGGAAGAAGUUUUGACACGGCUCUUUUUUGUAGGGAAGUUACAGUUUUUCACGAGUCGCAGUUACCCUGUGUGAAAAUGAAGACACCUCCUGAAGAACAGUCAGCCAACUUUCUGUUGAAGGCGUCCUUGCUGUAUAAAGAAAAAUGCCCGGAGCUAUCACGGCACUUCCUGCAGUGGCCUGUCAAGAAUAAAGCACUACUGAAGGAGAAAUCCUCCAGUCUGCUGCAGAGCACCUCAGUGUGCUCGUACUGUUAUCAGUGGCUGCAGCCUGACAACCACCGGAUGCGGCUGCGGCCCAAGCAGCGUCCAUCAGCACGGGUGCAGAGUGUCCUACGCAGGAAGGCCAGGGGCAAACGACUCAGCCUGGUGCAGAAAAAUCUGCUGCAACGCUUCCAAAAGUCCUCCUCCGUACUGAUGGCCACCUGCCACACUUGCAACAGGACAUCCAGACACAAAGGAAUGAACAGGGAGUUUAUAGCUACCCUCGCUAAGACCCACAGUACACCGGGGAGUGUCGGAAAACACAAGACCCCACAGUCAACCCACCGAGCCAGCAUGACAACUCCCAAGACUCCCGGCAAAGACAAGACACCUGCUCACACACCUAGGUCCUCCACCUCCUCUAACACUUCAGGGUCAGGCUCAUCUUCCUCCAAGCCUCCCUCUAAACCUAAAAAUUGGGUUGUCCAGCGCCUCAGCAAGAUCCUCAUGCGGGAGGACAACCAGGGCAGCAAGAAGGGGGGCUUGAAAGAUUUUCUCUCUUCACUUUGAAUAUAUUCCUUGUCUUUAUGUAAAAAAAAAAACAACAACAAGGAGUUAGACCCAUGUUUGUAACCUGUUACACCCAAGGCUACAGGGGGAAACUUUGGUUUCCAAGCCGGUGUGGGAAAGGUUACAGUUUGCCCACCAACACAGCUAUUGCCGGGCUGUUUGGAAUGGCACUCCUGGUAUCCUGAAUCUAACAACUGGGAGCACUGGGCUGGCUGUUUCAACUAUAAAUCAGGGUUACUGCAUCUUCUGCUGAGCCAAUCGGAGGAGAAUGCCUCUUUGUCUAAUUUAUUUAGCAAAAGCCUCUUAUAAUCUCCAGAGCUGGGGAUGUUAUUUUAGGUGGAAAUAUUAUCAAAUGGCUGCAGCCAUCGCAGGAAACCCACCUGCGUUCUGUGCUGACAUUUCUGGCAUGAAAAACCUGCUUUACAUGCCAAUAUCUUUUUGAUUUCUUUUUUCUAAAGUUACAAGUAUACAUUUAUAUGAUACGUAUAUAUAAACUAUUUCAUAUUGAUAUUACUUGAUGUCAAAACUUUUGUAUUUGAAUUUAUUUAUUUUUGGCCCUCUCCAGUGGGGAGAUGUGUCUUUGUAAAUUCAUUUAGUUAAUGGCUUGACAUCACCAGACAGACAAAUGUAUCGCUGCAUUUUUAUACAUGCAUGAAAAUCAUUUUGAAACUGUGCAUUGUCACCAGUUAAGAUAUUUGUGAUUAUCAUCUAAAAUGGGACUCAUCAGUUGCUGUUUACAUUGAGUAGGCACAUUUGCCUAAAACCUGUACAGAAAGACUUAUUGACAAUCAACAUUGCCAGGGCUUUACAUUUUCUUUAUAUAUUUUUUGUUUUUUGAAUGGUUACUCUUUUCAUCUUUUUGUUAAGAGCGGGAAUUUGAAUGUAUCGACUGCGUUUUGUACUGCCUGAUUACCCAACUGCUUUCCCAUUAGCUGUUCAGUGCACAGUAUGUGCUUAGAUCCCGAAAUACCUCACAUUUGUAUUCCACCUACACUGUGAUUGUCGAAAAUAAAAACCUUUUCAGUCUGUGAA